AUGAAUUCAUGUGACAGCGAUACACGAAGACUGAACCAAGUGCAGCGAGACGAAAUGUUGCGAAUGGAAUCCCUUAGGCGACCUCUCAAUUUACAACAGGGGAAACGUGGUAACCUCGUCAUCUGUGCUACGUGUUUUUUAAUGGUACUAGUCUUCGCAAUAUUUGCCGUACUAACAGUCUCCUUUCCGAUCAUCGGGUGGAUGUUGGCGUUUCCUCUCAUCUUCGUCUUUCUCGUAAUUGUGCGACAUAUAUCCGGCUGUAUAGUAGGGAGAAGGUUCGAUCGAUUGGAGGCUGAUGCCAGGGCUAGCAGGGAAGCUAGAAAUAGCUCAGUGAACAGAGAGACAAAUGACGACGGUAGUUUGCCCGCAGUUCCUGAUAUGCCACCCUCUUACGAUGUGGCGUGCCCAGACUCGAGUCAAAUGGGCAACGUAUCGUCUCCAGUUUACGCCAUCAGCGGCGGUAGCAUAUCUGACUCAGGAAAUCAUGACCAAGACUUGAUGUACUACGUGAAUGAAUCUUACGAACAGGACGGAGACGAACCUCCACCGCCCUCUUACGAGGAAGCGUUGAGACUGAAAGAACUAGAGGAAAGUAACAACACGCCGACAUAACAAUCACCUGUCAAAUGAGAACGAACUACGUGUUUCUUUGUACUGAUUUGUUUUGCUACGAUUGAGCGAGUGUGAUAAAUACUAGGACAUGAUGUUGGUGACGAUUAACAA